CGACAUUCGCCAUCUAAGCAAACGAUAAACAAGGACCUCAAGUUAAAAGACAAGUGUUUGAAUGGCUGUUCCAUCUGAAAAUGGUAAAAAGAUUCAAGAAAAAGAAGAUGAAAGAAUAGAUGUGAAUGGAGUUGAAGAAGAAGAUGAUAUGUUGUUUGACCCUUCUGCCCCUCCUCCUUUCAGAGUGGCUGAAAUCAGAGCUGCCAUUCCUAAGCAUUGUUGGGUCAAGAAUUCAUGGAGAUCAUUGGCAUAUGUCCUUAGGGAUAUUUUGGUCAUUUUAUCUUUGGUUGCAUUGGCUGUCUACCUAAAAAAUCUUACUUGGGCUUUCUGGCCUUUUUAUUGGGUUCUACAAGGCACAAUGUUUUGGGCCAUCUUUGUUCUUGGUCAUGAUUGUGGACAUGGAAGCUUUUCCAACAGUCACACCCUGAAUAACAUUGUGGGCCAUUUUUUGCAUUCUGCAAUUCUUGUACCAUACCAUGGCUGGAGAAUUAGUCAUAGGACUCACCAUCAGAAUCACGGGCAUGUCGAGAACGAUGAAUCAUGGGUUCCGAUUCCCGAGAAGACGUACAAGAGAUUAGACACUAGUACGAAGAUUUUCAGAUUUAAAAUCCCUUUUCCGAUGUUCGCAUAUCCACUAUACUUGUUGAAAAGGAGCCCAGGGAAGAGUGGGUCACAUUUCAACCCAUAUAGUGAUUUAUUUUCACCAAAUGAGAGACAUUACAUAGUCACAUCUACCAUGUGUUGGGGACUAAUGGUUUUUUUGCUUUUAUACUUGGCAAAUCUCAUUGGCCCACUCCUUUUGUUCAACCUCUAUGGCAUUCCUUAUUUGAUUUUUGUGACAUUGUUGGAUACGGUAACAUAUUUACAUCACCAUGGUUAUGAGAAGAAGCUUCCUUGGUACCGUGGCAAGGAAUGGAGUUAUUUAAGGGGAGGGCUAACAACUGUAGAUCGUGAUUAUGGACUAUUAAACAACAUUCACCACGACAUCGGCACUCAUGUCAUCCAUCACCUUUUUCCGCAAAUACCACAUUAUCAUUUGAUUGAAGCGACAAAGGCGGCUAAGCCGGUGCUUGGGAAGUACUAUCGCGAGCCUAAGAAGUCAGGAUUAAUACCGUUACAUUUGAUAGAAAACUUGUUGAGAAGCAUUCAACAAGACCAUUUUGUUAGUGACGUAGGUGACAUAGUUUAUUAUCAAACAGAUGAUGAGUUAAUUGGAAAAAAGCAAAGAUGAAAAAGACUGAUUUAUGUUUUAUUUUGCACGAUGGCGUACUACUAGUAGAUAUUUAGU